UAUAUCUGAGCCGUCAACGGUUUGUUUCAACCUACACGCCGCCUCACUUGCAGUUGCCAUACCUCCUUCCCGCCUAACGCACACGACUGCAGCAAUGGCGGUUGAACGGCUCGGCUCGAUCCUCAAGCACCUGUCCCCGGGCAGCGCGCUCUCCCAAAUCACGUCUAAGAAUGCCGACGACAUCGUCAUCACGCUCGCCGUCCGAACCCCGCUGACCAAAGCGAAGAAGGGCGGCUUCAAGGAUACCUCCCUCGAGUACAUGGUAUACGCGCUGCUCAAGGAGGUCAGGGAGCGGAGCAAGCUAGACCCAGCGCUCGUGGAGGAUAUCUGCCUUGGAAAUGUCUCGGAUAGCAAGGCUGCGUACAAGCUGCGGGCCGCCAUGCUGGCCGCCGGCUUCCCCAACACAACGAGCGGGUCGAGCCUGAACCGCUUCUGCUCCUCCGGCCUGAAAGCCGUUGCCGACAUCGCCCACGCCAUCAGUUCCGGGUCCAUCGAGAUCGGCGUCGCCAUGGGCGCCGAGCAGAUGACCAUCGGCGGAGACGCCCUCGACAAGCCGUUCGACGAGGAGGUGACCAAGCACUCGCAGGAGGCCGUCGACAGCAUGCAGCCGAUGGGGUGGACGAGCGAGAACGUGAGCCGCGACUUCGGCAUCACGCGCGAGGAGAUGGACAAGUACGCGGCCGAGAGCUUCCAGCGCGCCGAGCGAGCCCAGAAGGCGGGGCUCUUCGACGACGAGAUCGUGCCCAUCCAGACGCGGGUUAAGGACGCCAACGGCGAGUGGAAGUCCGUCACGCUGACCCGCGACGACGGCAUCCGGCCGGGCACCACGGCCGAGGGCCUGUCCAAGAUCCGGGUCGCCUUCCCGCAGUGGGGCCCAACCACCACGGGUGGGAAUGCCAGCCAGGUUACUGAUGGAGCCGCCGCAAUCCUCCUAAUGAAGCGGUCAACAGCGAUCAAGCUGGGCCAGCCGAUCCUGGCGAAAUACGUCGGCUCGACAGUGGCCGGCCUGGCGCCACGCAUCAUGGGCAUCGGGCCGACGGUGGCGAUCCCGAAGCUGCUGGCGCAGCACAACCUGUCGCUGGCGGACGUCGACGUGAUCGAGAUCAACGAGGCCUUCGCCAGCAUGGCCGUCUACUGCCGCGACAAGCUGGGCCUGGACUGGGCCAAGAUGAACCCGCGCGGCGGCGCCAUCGCGCUGGGCCACCCGCUCGGCGCGACGGGCGCGCGCCAGAUCGUCACAGGCCUCAGCGAGUGCCGGCGGACGGGCAAGAAGAUCUUGCUGACCAGCAUGUGCAUCGGCACGGGCAUGGGCAUGGCCGGGUUGUUUGUGAAUGAGCAAUGAGCGGGGCUGCGUGAUGGGGAUGAUGAGAGAUGAACUCUGCUUGUAUAUAUAACCCUUGCAUGUCUAAGCUAGCCUGGCCGGAGUCUGGAAUAGGCCCUUCUUCCAUCACCAUCUGGGAUCCUAGGAAAUCUGUGCAGUCCGGUCGACUCUCGAGGAUGUCGCAGGGACCAGGUUCCUCAAGACGGACAAAAGAGAUGCUCUUCAGUGCUACAGUCCUCUCACAU